AUGGAUGGACCCGCCGGGUCUGGGAAAAGCACGGUAGCUCGAUGCAUCGCAGAAAAACUCGGAUUGCUUUACCUCGAUUCUGGAGCAAUGUACCGAGCGGUGACCCUGUUGGCAAUACAGGAAGAACUGGCGGCGGAUAGCCCGAAACUGAUUGACAGCGUGAAAGCGUGUCAUAUUGAAUUCAUGGAUAAUGGCAGAACGAUUUUGCUUGAUGCCGAAGAUGUGUCCAAACAGAUCCGAACGCCAGCUGUCAAUAGGUUGGUUGCAGAUGUCGCGAAAAUUCCAGAGAUUCGUCAUGAAAUCGUGAAACAUCAACAGCGGAUUGGUGCCGAAGGGAGCAUUAUCGCUGAAGGUAGGGAUUUAACGACUAUCGUUUUUCCGAACGCCGAUUUUAAAUUCUAUCUUGAUGCUUCUGUGACAGAGCGUGCAAAACGUAGACUCGCCGAUCUCCAUGCACAAAACAUAGACGCGACGUUAGCAGCGGUUGAAGCAGAGAUUCGCGAGCGAGAUGAAAAAGAUACGACGCGAGAACACAGUCCUUUGCGGACGGCUCCUGAUGCGGUUGUCGUUGAUACGACUGAUAAGACGAUUGAAGAAGUGGUUGAUUUGAUUAUCGCACACGUGUGUGCAAACGAGCAGUGA